AUGAAGAAGAAGAAAGUCGCUCGAAAGCCUGCAACUAGAACUCGGACUGAGGAGAACACAAUACCUACUGAACCUACUGUACCAGUUCACCAUGAUCAACAGGUUGAAGCAGAUGGUUCUUCGACUGGGUUGGUAGGGAACCGGGGUCUACAAUCACCGGAGUUGCGAUCUGAGGAUAUUCAUGAUGUUCCGAUAGAUGAUAUUCUGGGUAAGGAUGUGGACUCAAUUGGUGGGAAAGGGGACUUUCAAGCUUCUGCCCAGGCUCAUUGGGCGAAUCUCAGAGAAAAAUAUCAGAUUAAUGAAUCGGCUAAGCUUCAUUAUGCGGCUCCUCUUCUACAAAAUGGGAAGAAAGUUGCCCAAAUUGAUUUGGAGGAGGUUUCUGAACAGGCUCAGAACUGGAAUUCUGCUGUGAUUUGUAUGGUCUUGGGUGCAAAUCCACCAUUUGCAGUUUUUGAAGGGUUUGUUAAGAGAAUUUGGGGACAUUUGGGCAUUGAACGGGUAGUGAGAAUGCAUAUGGGUCUCACCAUUGUCAAGUUCAAUGAUGAGGCUACAAGGGAUUUUGUUUUGGAGAAUGGAGUUGUGCAGUUUGAUAGGAAGCCGGUUAUUGUGAGGCCUUGGACUCAAGAACUAGACUCGAUCAGAUUGGUGCAUUCUGUUCCUUUAUGGAUCCGGUUGCCAAAUUUGGGGUUACAAUAUUGGGGGAAAAACUGUCUUAGUGCCUUAGUCAGUACAAUUGGGAAGCCUAUCAUGGUGGAUAAGUUUACUAAGGAUAGAUCUAUGAUAAAGUUUGCUAGGGUGUUGGUUGAAAUGGAUAUUACAGAUGACCCUCCCUUCAUAAUACAUUUUGUUAAUGAACGUGGUCAGCUCCAGGAACAAUUUGUGGAAUAUGAAUGGCUCCCCAUUAAGUGCUCAACAUGUAAGGGCUAUGGACAUAAUGCUGCUGAAUGCAAGAAAAGUGAUACAAAAGUUUGGGUCUCUAAGAACAAACUAGAUCCAAAAUUGCCUUCUCCUGUUUCUGGUGCCGAGGCUGCAACGAUAACACUUGGGGAGACACCUGAGUCUCAUGAGGCUGCGAUAGGGCCAAAGAGUACAUCUAUGGUAACUGGGACUGGUGAGGCUGUAGUUCAGGAUAAGGCUCAGAGUACAAAUCUAGCUCGGUCUCCAGCUAACAAGGAAAAUUGGGAAGUGCCUAGGAAGAUUGGGACAUCUAAGAGUAAAAGUAAGACAGUAAGCUCACAGUUGGACAGGGAUAAAAAUGUUUUUAAAGUGCUUCAAGAACAGAUGGAUAGUACAAACAUCUUUUGCUGGAACGUGAGGGGUUUGAAUAAGAGGGACAAACAGCAAGCUAUUUUGCGUCUCUUAAAGGUUAAUAAAGUUGGUAUUUGUGCUCUGUUAGAGAAUAAACUCAAGGGUGAUAAGGUUCAAGACAUGAUGUCUAAGGUGAUGAUUGGCUGGGAUUGGUUCACUAGCCCGGUUUCAGAGGGAAGAAUUCUGGUUUUGUGGCAGAGGUCCUUUGUCAAUGUUCGAGUGCUGCUGGUUCACCAGCAAUUUACUCACUGUCUGGUGCGCUUUUCUGGUUUACAACAGGAGGUGGUGGCUACUUUUGUCUAUGGGUUCAGUAUGUUAGCUGAGAGAUUAGAAAUGUGGAGGGGUUUAUCAUCUCUAUCUACUCUAAACUUGCCUUGGCUGGUUAUUGGAGACUUUAACUCAGUGUUUGAAUUUGAUGAUAGAGUGGGGGGAAGGGAGAUAGGAGCUAAUGAGUUAGUUGACUCUAAUGCUUGGCUUGCUAGUUCUCAUCUUGCUAAACUUAAAUGUGUUGGUUCAAACUUUACUUGGACUAAUAAACAGGAGGGGGGUGAUCGGGUCUAUUCUAGAAUAGAUCAUGCUUUUAUUAAUGAAGGUUGGAUAGACUGUAAGAUGCACUCCCUCGCUGAACUACAUUGGGAAGUGUAUUCUGAUCAUUGUUUCUUUCUUGUUAAAACUCUGUUGGCUGGGAAUUUAGGAGUUCAACCGUUCAGAUUUUUCAACUGUUGGACCACUCACAGAAAUUUCAAGGAAACUGUCAUGACCAGCUGGCUGAGACCUAUGACAGCUGGAGGAUUAUGGGGUGUGACUAAGAAGCUAAUGCGCCUGAAGCAUAUUCUGAGGAAGUUUAACAGUACAGAAAUUGGUGAUCUUGAGCAGCAGUUCCAUCAAGCUAAGGGUGAUUAUCAAGUGGCUUUAACUAAAGUUCAAGAAUCUCCCUUUGAUAUCCUUGCUCAGGAAACAGAAAAGACAGCUGCUAUCAAUUAUAAAAUCCACUAUGCUAGGUAUAGAAGCUUCUUGAUUCAGCGGAGUAAAGUGACGUGGUUGCAAAAAGGAGAUGAGAAUACGGCCUAA